AUGAAAAAGGUGGUGGAGUGGCAGUGAUACUGUCCGAUCUUUGACCUAGGAACCGUCGGAUUCAUGGACUUUCCUAAAUAAGGACCUUCCUUCUUUGUACCAUAGAUUCUGAUGCGGAUAGUUAAAUCUCUUCUCGUACGCUUUUAUCGCACCCAAAGCUAAGCGUCUAAGUGCAUCUUCGGCCGUCCACGGGUCCACAAGCCUCACUGCUCAACGAAUCUGGAGCGUCGGAUCAAAAUUAUAAAAAAUAAAAAAAACUUGUUUGGCACGGAUCACGAGGAACUAAAAGGGAAAGCAAGAGCGAGCUGUGGAAGGGCGGUCUCAUAUUUAUUCCAUAUCUAUCCCCCUCUAUCUUUUUCUUUUAAUUUUUUUAAACUCAAGUACAUAUUUCUAUGGUGGAAGAAAACCCUAAUUCGAUUCUCACCCUUUCUUGAUGGGGUAAAACCCUAACCCUAAUCCACGCUCAGGGCAUUCUCUGAGUCGCAGAUGGAUUCCGAGAAACUGAUAUUUCCACGCGAAAACCCUAGAACCAUUGGGUUCCCAACCUCCACCGCCAGCACCACCACCACCGCCACGGCCAACACAAAGGUCAUGCCCAAUGACCCAUCUCAGAAACCUCCGCCGUCGGUACUGGACCGGUUUAGGGCUUUGCUUAAGCAGCGGGAUGAAGACCUUAGGGGUUCGGCCGCCGACGAUGACCUUUUGCCUCCAAGAACAGAGGAAAUUGUGCAGCUCUAUGAGCUCCUCUUGUCGGAGCUUACCUUCAAUUCGAAACCCAUCAUUACGGAUCUUACAAUCAUUGCUGGCGAGCAAAGAGACCACGGAAAGGGCAUUGCUGAUGUAAUUUGCGCUCGGAUUCUUGAGGUUCCCGUUGAGCAAAAAUUGCCUUCCCUGUAUCUUUUGGACAGUAUAGUGAAAAACAUUGGCCGUGAAUAUGUCAAGUACUUUUCUUCCCGUCUACCUGAGGUAUUUUGUGAGGCAUACAGGCAAGUUCAACCUAAUCAGUAUCCUGCCAUGCGCCACCUCUUUGGCACUUGGUCUGCAGUAUUUCCACCUUCUGUACUUAACAAAAUUGAGGCACAACUGCAAUUUUCUCCACCUGUAAACCAACAAUCAUCAGGAUUGCCUCCAUUGAGAGCUUCUGGAUCUCCUCGGCCAACUCAUGGAAUACAUGUCAAUCCAAAAUAUUUGCGUCAGUUGGAUAACUCAACUGUUGAUAGUAAUAUUCAGCAUGCGAGAGGAACCUCAACUCUAAAAGUAUUUGCUCAAAAACCUGCAAUUGGAGCAAUUGUUAGAGAUGAGGAGCCUAGUGAGUGGCGGAGAAAACAUUAUACUGAGGAUAAUCAGAACAAAUUUGAAACUUCUGCUGCAUACAAGCUUAGUAAUGGACGUGAGCAUCAAGGACCAAGAGCUUUAAUUGAUGCAUAUGGAAGUGACAAAAGGAAAACAACAUCCAAAGAUAUGCCUCUGCAAAUUGAGCGCUUGGACUUGAAAAAUAUGGACCAGAAGGUGAUUCCAAUGUCGUGGCAGAAUACUGAAGAGGAAGAGUUUGAUUGGGAAGAUAUGAGCCCCACUUUAACAGAACGCGGUAGGAGUAAUGAUUUCAUGCCAUCAUCCAUUCCACCUUUCAGAGGCUUCAAAGCAAGGCCUGGUUUUGGAACAUCAAGGGCUACCCCCUUGGAGCCUGACAUCAGAAAUAGUUGGUCAAGUCAGGCUCAGCUACCUGCAGCAGAUGAUUCGUCUAUCGCUGCCGAUGGUGCAGUCCACUCGAUUGCAUUUGGUCAUGGAUCAACAAGUAAGAUAUCUCGAUUCCCAAGUGAGAUAAAUCAUAAUGCUGUUUCUCGCUAUCCUCGAGAACCUUGGAAUAUGCCUCACCAUCUCCCUCAGUCUUCACAGAACAUCCUGAAUUCCAAAGGAAGGGGUAGAAAUUUCCGAAUGCCCUCAUUGGCAGGUGGUAUAUCUUCAGGUGCUGAGAAAAUUCCUCCUUUUAUUGACAAGCUCCCAGAUGAUGCACAACUUGGUCCUGUAACUGUCAUGUCUAGAAUGGGUUCUACUACUAUUGACUCCAUUAAUCCUGAUGGUCGAUCAGUUCUUUUACCAUCUUCAAUGGGAUUAAGACCUCCAGUGAAUGUGCAUAAUUCUGGCAUUCUGCCCCAGCACCAUAAUUUUCCACUGCAAAACCACAGGAGUCGAUAUGAGUUUGUAAACAACAAAGGUCCAAAUAAGUCUUUUUAUAAGCCUGAGCAGCAGUUGGAUAAUUUUGAAAGUAAGGAGCUAAGUUCAGCAAAGCUCCCACAGUUGCCUAAUCAGGCUGCUGGGUUGGUUCCUUUACAACCACGGUUUCUACCAAAUCAGGACCCACGAGAAAAUUUUUUUCCCUCUGAGGCACCAGCUGUACCACCAUCUUUGGAUCGUGGAUUCACUUCACAGGGGUAUAAUGCUGCUAUUAGCUCAGGUUUAUCAAAUCCUGCACCUCUUGUAGAAUUGCCCCUACCCAAAAUGGGCAACAGCUCUUUGAAUUUGCAGAGUGGAGGUUUGCCGCCUCUACCACCGGGGCCGCCUCCUGCUAAUGCUGGUCCAGCUGGUUCAGCUGUAUCUAGCCAACAGCCGGGGAGCGCAUUCUCUGGUUUGAUUAGUACUCUAAUGGCUCAAGGUUUGAUCUCAUUGACCAAGCCCACUGUUGUACAGGAUUCUGUGGGAAUCGAGUUUAAUGCAGACCUUCUUAAGGUGCGUCAUGAAUCUGCUAUAAAUGCCCUUUAUGGCGAUCUCCAAAGACAAUGCACAACCUGUGGCCUUCGGUUCAAGUGCCAAGAAGAGCACAGUAGUCAUAUGGAUUGGCAUGUUACUAAGAAUCGCAUGUCUAAAAGCCGCAAACAGAAGCCUUCUCGUAAGUGGUUUGUAAGUACUACCAUGUGGCUUAGUGGUGCCGAGGCAUUAGGAGCUGAUGCAGCUCCUGGCUUUUUGCCUGCUGAAACUGUUGUGGAAAAGAAGAGUGAUGAAGAACUGGCUGUUCCUGCUGAUGAAGAUCAGAAUGUAUGUGCAUUAUGUGGAGAGCCCUUUGAUGAUUUUUACAGUGAUGAGACCGAGGAAUGGAUGUAUAAAGGUGCUGUGUAUUUAAAUGCGCCAGAUGGGUUGGUUGCUGGCAUGGAUAGGUCUCAGUUAGGUCCUAUAGUUCAUGCUAAAUGCAGGUCCGAGUCUAGUGUGGUUUCCCCUGAAGGUUUUGGACAAGAUGAAGGGGGAAUUACUGAAGAGGGUAGUCAAAGAAAACGUUUGCGGACAACAUAUAUUGUUGGAGCUUGCAGUACCUUGGCUUUAUGCCAGAAUCCUGUACAUGUAUAGACAUUAUCUUCCAGCAAAGUUUACAAUUUGUCGCAAUUUUGCGAUUCCAGAAUUUUUCUCUUGCUGAAGAACUUCAAAGUGACUUUCAAAACUGUCUUUAUUGCCUUUAUUAUUUCAUUUUUCUUUUCA